AUGGGUGACCAACACACGAGCGACAGCCCCGAACAAUACCGCGUCAUGAAGCAAGGAAUGGAAAUCCUUCGUGACCCUGACGGCAAUGCCAGCGUUGAUAUCGUUGCUGUGCCGGGGCUCGGUGCUCACCCGGUGACCAGCUGGACCCAUCCUGAUACCAAGUUCAACUGGCUACGGGACUCUGAUGGGCUGGCAAAAGAUUUCCCGACCGCACGUGUUCUCCUCUUCCAGUACGGAUCCGCUUGGGUCGGCUCUCUCAAAGUCAAGCAGUGUCUUGACAGCAUCGCUGAAUCUCUGCUCAAUGCACUCAUUUCUGAACGGGAGAAAUGUGAAAGGCGCCCGAUCGUCUUCAUUGGGCACAGCAUGGGCGGUCUUGUUAUCGCCAAGGCAGUGUGUAUCGCAGGCUUCCACACUUCCGAUUACCCCAACGUAUUCGAGGCCAUUUGCGGAUGCGUGUUCUUUGGCACGCCGUUCGACGGUGCCGAGGUUGCCAAUGUUGCCGCCAUGUACGCUUCUACGGCUGAACUACUUUCCCCUAAUGGGCACGCUCAAGCCUCGGCUCUGCUUGACGUGAUGAAGCCCGGCAACCAGUAUCUGCAAGGGCUGAAGAAGGAUUUUCUCCGCCUCGUCCGCAAAUUGGCCGGGAACAUCCAGAUUGCUUGUCUCUGGGAGGUGUUUGAGACAGACUUUCCCGAAAUGGUUGGUAUGCGGGACAACAAGAUUGUUCGCAAGGUUUUCGACGUUCUCAUCCCUCAGGGUCGCAAAAAAUUUGUCGAUAAGGAAGCAUCAAUCCUUGUUGGGUAUGACGAGUGUGGUCUCCAGAGCGCACAUCGCAAUCUUGUCCAUUUUACAGGGUUCAAAGACCCAAAGUACCAGAUGAUGCGAACUCCACUGAGAAAAGUAGUCGAGAAGGCAAGGCUCGUUGCGAAGAGUCGGUUCAGCUGCACACGAGAUGUUGAUCGAGACAUGGUGAGGGACAUCCUCGAUUCACUUGAAGGUGUCCACAUCCAGAGAAAGCGGGACACUUUGAGAGCCAAAGUGAACUCUCAAUCUUGGAUAAUUGAAGAGCAGGAGUACAAGGACUGGUUCCGCUUACAACCCAGCACCGAGCUUCCCGAGGAUGGACAGACUCCAUCCGAGACGACCAGGAGCCAAGACGGCUGUGACGAGAGGUGUCUUUGGAUACGUGGCGCAGAAGGCAAGGGAAAGACCAGCGCAGUCCUGGCGACGAUUGACAGGAUAUCUGACCUGUCAUCCGAGGCGGAGGAGAACAACUCGCGUCCUGUCCUCUGUGCUUUUUUCUUCUGUGACAAAUCCUCGGAUGGAUCCAGUGCGGAGGAACUGCUAAAGUCGAUAAUGCGUCAACUGGUCUACCAACAGGAGAGACUGGCAAAAUACGUCAAGCAGUUUCGCAAGAAGGAAGGGAAGGGGUCGACGAGCCAGGGGGGGCCGUCCCAAGCCAGCAUGAGUGUGGAAAACCUGUGGCAAGGCCUCCGGGACAUGUUCGCUGACCGUUUCGUCGGGGCAAUCUACAUUGUUGUCAGCAAUCUUCAUGAGCUCCCAGAAAGCGCCGACGGGUCCACCCAGAAGCUUCUGCAGUUGCUGCAUCAAAAGCUGAAAGACGGUGACAUUGACGAUGCACAAAAGGUCCGGGUGAGAUGGCUCUUUACCGGUCGAGAGCGAAGCAAUCUCAAGAAGGCGCUGCCUCGGACGGGGGUCCGGUCGAUCGAUCUGGAUGACGAGGAGCAUCACGGCAAAGUGAAAUCCGAGGUGCAGUCGCACGCUGAGAACAUGAUUGCCGACCUUGGCGCCGAGAAGCAGUACAACAUGGCCGUUCUCUAUUUCGCAAUUUCUCUCGUCGGGAAGCGAGCAGAGACCAAGAAGUGGGUCGACGUAACGUGUGUCCAUCUGGCGGCACUCCCGCCGGGAUCAAGCGAUCUCCAGGUCCGGCAUCUUCUUGAGGGUGUCCCGCAGGAUGUGAAAACUCUCCUCAAUGGCGCGUGGGAGUCGCUACUCAAGGGCAACGACCCGGAUACUGCUGCAAGCAUCAAAGAAAUGCUGCGCACCCUUAUCCUCACCAACGAAGACCUCACCGAAGAGGAACUUUCCAUUCUUACCGGCCUUUCGUCGACGUCGCAAGACAAAGAUAAGCUGAGGAAGCUGGUCAAACAGUGCAGUCCGCUGUUGAGCUUCAGGGAAUCGGAAGGCGGCAAGCAGGUAGUCAGCUUCGUGCUCGAAGACAUCAAGACACACCUCGACACAUGCUCCGAGAAUCUUCUCGGUCUUUGUGAAGAGGGGAGGAAAUUGCAGCAGGGAAUGGUCGCAUUGAGGUGCUUUUCUUACAUAAUGAAAGCCGGGCGUCAGCACUCAGCACCUUCUGGAAACGACAACCCGGCCUCCACAGAGGCGUCAGAGGUCCCUAACCUUUCCCAAAACCAGGACUUGGAAGAUGAGGGGAAGCUUCUGAGCUACCCAAUCAAGUACUGGCUUCAACAUUCCAGCAAAGCAACAGCGGAUAUCGCGAGGAUCUUAAGCGAGAAAGAAGAGUUCUGGAAACCGGGGUCAGAUAUCCGAUUGUGGUGGACGCAGGCUAUAAGCGAUGGGAAAGACGACUUCAAAAGGCUCAUGGUAGUCGGACAGUUCAAGAUCGAAGACUUGACCGCUCUGCACCUGGCGUCAUGCGUUGGAUACGCCGAACUUGUUGCUGCACUCAUCGAUAGAAGCCCAAAGGAGGAGGUGAACCGCGAAAUUGGCGCGGGGGUGACGCCGUUGCACCUUGCGGCUUACUUUGGGCACGAGGAAGUCGUUGAAGUCCUCCUCGACAAGGCUUUCGACAAGGCUUACGACAAGGCUCCCGCUAUCGAUGUAGGCGAUUGCGCCAAUGCACCCCCCUUGGCAUUCGCGGCGUUGCCAGGAAAUCUUUCUGUAAUCAAAUUGCUUCUUGCUAAUGGAGCGGAUCCGCGUGCUUCACCAAAAGAAUGGCCGACCUUAUGCACUGGCGCUGCCAUCCUUUCUGGUAAAAUCGAAGCCGUCACUCUCCUGGUGGACAAGGACGCUCCCUUGACUGAUGGAACCCCACUGGAUGUCAAUUUAUACGACGAUACACCGUCACCGCUGGCUUUGUCUGCAGUCUGCUCUGACAUUUCUAUUUUCGACUACGUUUUGAGGAAAGGCGAAGGGCAGUUCACGGAAAGGGACUACCGCCACGCAUUUUCUGACGCAGCGGCAGCUGGCCGCAAAGACGCCCUUGAGAAGUUACUGGAGACUCAACCCAGCCGCGAACUCUUCCAAAGCGCUUUAGACAGAGCAGCGAAAGAGGAAAGCGCCCUGGAAGCAGCUGCUGAGGACACUGAUGAGCUUCCUGAGGUUCUGAGGGCUAUUUGGGAAAACACAGGCGGCGACUUGCCCCAGGACGUGAUAGACGACUGCCUAUACCAGGCAACGGACAACGAAAAGCAAACGACCGUCGAGAAGCUGCUAGACCCAGACACAUUUCGCGCAAAUGCCAAUGCACGGGGUGAAAAAUAUGGAAAUGCCCUGACGGCCGCCACAAACGAUGGGACAACGGAUAUCAUCGAGAUGCUGCUCAAGAGCGGUGCGGACGUGAAAUCGGAGCACGGAUGGGCGCUUCAGGCUGCCGCUGCCCAAGGCCACCUCAAUGUUGUGAACCAACUUCUUGAGGAAAGAGUUGGCGCCGACGUCAACGCCUGCACUGACAACCCGCAUUUUCCAGCGGGCACAGCCCUGCAAGCCGCAUGCGAAGCUGGCUGGUCUGAGAUCGUCGGCACGCUACUUGCCAAGGGCGCAGACCCGAACCUUGGUAAGGGAGAGCGCAGCCCCCCAGUCUGCGUCGCGGCCAAUAAGGGCGAGGAAUCGAUUCUGCAGCGGCUCAUGGGGGAUUCCAAUCUCAAUCUAAAUGUCCUCGGCGGCCCGGACAAGUCGACCCCGCUUGUUCACGCUGCCUUCAAUUGCCCAACCGCAACCGUGCAGCAAAUGAUCAAAAAAGGUGCCGAGGUCAACAUGGCGAAUGUCGAUGGCGACACAGCACUUAUAGUAGCUGCUCGUAGAGGAGACGCCGGUAUCCUUGGCUUCCUUCUUGACAACGGCGCGGACAUGAUGCGUGUGAGCAAACGGAACGAGACGGCGUUGGAGGUCGCACUGGAGAAGAACAACGUAGAAUGCGCCACUCUCCUUGCUGUAAGAGCAUCAAGCAUUCUGAGAGCCAUAGACGGUUUGACUCAGUCCCAUCCGGAUAUGAUGCAAACCAUACGCCAGCAAAGCAAGGGCAUCUAUGAUGAUAGAAGCUUCAUGGGCCAACGACCCAGUAGGCCAGAGGAUCCGGACGACACUGAUUUGGAAGCCAGAAACGCACGACUCGUGAAAAUUGGGCUUCACCAUUACCCCCCACCCAGCAAGAGUUGA